AUGAAAUUAUUCAACGUUCUACUGAUCACUAUCACAAUCAGUAAGAGAUCGCAAUAAGUUCUACAGAAUUGUUAGAAGUUGUUCUUUCAGUAAAUUCAGCUGAGAAUCAGACAUUAAUUCAAGACGCAAAUGGGUUUAACAUCGGGAAAGUGGUUCACCUAAUGAAUAAAAUGAGACUCUAUGUUGCGAAGAGUUUGAGUGUUCAAGAAAUGAAUCGUCUUGUGAGUCCCAUCUUGAAUGCACUUUUUUGCGAGACAAGUCCGAUUACUAACUAAUUGUUAAGACCUGGGAUGAAUCGCUUGUUCCUCUGGCCAGACGGGACAUGGAAACCUGUGAAACCGAGAGUAAGGACAAAACGUUUGGAACGGUCCGCUUCAAACUGGCAGAGAUUGACGAUUCAUACCAUUGUGAGUGGUGCAGAACAAGAGAAACGAAAGUGGGGACAAACGGAUAAAUAAAUAUACCAAAAAAAAGGGACACACCCCUCAAGACUUUUAUUAAUAAGAAAAAGUAACAUACCCUAAUCAAUUCCAUUGCAAUACUUCAGUUUUGUUUGAAACGUUAGGUUCAGUGGGAAUGACACUUCUUAAAACUAGCCGAGAGGUGAACGAUUAGAAUGAAUCUGCAUUGAUAACAAAAUUGCGAAAACGCCGUAGAUGAAAUGGGUCAUAAACAAUCAACAAGUUUUGCUCGCGUACUCAGGUUGUACUCAUAUCGAUGACUCUGUCGUCGUCGAUGAGAAUAUAGUCUUCCGAAUCCCUACAAGUCAGUUCAGUAAAACCAUCAAAAUGGUCACAUUGUACCUCUGAUAACUUUCCGAUAUUCUGACACAAUCACCAUAAACGCGAUGCUAUCGAACGAGGGAUACAUAUUCAGUGAGACAAUGAUCACGCCUGUCUGAAGACUCAUCUCGAUGUCGAGCAACGGUCCCAAGAGUACUGGAACCGCUGGCAAAACAAACAGAACUGUGGGCACGAGUGCCUGGACAAUCAGCGCACGGAACACUUGUCUCUGGAGUCUCAGAAGAGAGACCGAGAACUUCCUCAGCUCUUUGUUCAUCUCGUUUCUCAUUUUGAGAACGCAAUAUAUUAUGAUAACGUACUGUAGGCCUAGGAUUAGAAUGCCGUUGAUCAGAAAAAAGAGAUUGUGCCAGCGGAGGGAACCGUCAGCGUUCUGAAAACAAACGAGAUGUGGGGUUUAGAAGAGAAUACUAACGUAGGGAAUUACUAUGAAUCGGGCCACAUCUCCCAUUGAAAAACCGUAGAUCUUGAGUAUUUCUUCCCUGAGAAAUAAAAUGAUUUCUUCGUAAAUGCGAACUCUUACCUCAUAUAAUCAUCAGUGAACUCAUCAGGAUGUGCUAAAAUAAGCGGUACCCCGAAAGCUGUCCCGACUAAACAUGGAUAAGCUAUCCACCCUAUGCAUCCGAUUCCAUCAAACAUGUGUCUCCAUUUCGAGCUAAUCAAGUUCAAAUAUCGGAAAACAAAUUGAACGGCAAUCAGAGACAGAAUGACGCCGUAGAAUCCUGCGUAGGCGACAAUGGCACACUGGACGAACCGUCGAGAAGCCCACGAAUUGAGACUGAAGAACAUGAACGCCUUGUUGUAGUUGUGCACGAACGGCCGAGAAAUUAACUCCAUUGCAGAGAACAGAAUACCGAAUAGUCCGAAUGUCACGACCAUCUGUUUGUAGGUGCCGGCUAUUUGACGGACGUGAAAUACUGUCAGAUGGAGAAAGAAGAUGUUUGUGAUGAAAGUGCCACAGAAGCCGAAUUUGGUGAAGGCGUCGGAGAGCUCGAAAAAACGGAGCAUUUUGUGAGACGUAAUCAGAAAAGAAUGGUAUGGAAUGUUCCAAGAGACUGCGUGUUAGUACCUCUCUUGAGAGUAAGUAACUGUACUCGCUGCAUACUGAGAAAGUGGAAAAUACGUAUAACAGUGCAAAAACUUAAAUGUCAAUGUGCUAAAGUGUCUUUCGUGUUUUCGUCUCUCGUGUUUUCAUCAAAUUCUGCAGGAGUAUGGAUAACAUUCAAUAGGAAUUUAAAUCCUUCUUCUAUGCACUCUGAAAGUUUCCACCAAUUGCUGCAGGCUUUCAACGCGCUCACUUCUCAUAGCUAUCCGAUAUUCAGUGACAACGCACAUAAGAAUGGCACUGUCAAUGGCUGGAUAAAUGCUGAAGAACGCUAUCAUCACACCGGACGGCACGCUCACUUCAGUGUCUAAAUACGACGUCAUACACAUGACAAUAGCGGGAAUGUGAUAAAAUAUCGAAGGAGACGUGAUUUGUAGGACUAACGUCUUGAAUAAUUGCCUAUGCAAUCGAUGAUUCUUCUUUGACGUGAAUUUUGAGAUCUCCUUCAUUUGCUUCUGAAUCUUUACUCCACAGUAGACCAUCACGGCGUAUUGAGCCAGAAGAGUAAAUGAUAAGCCUGUCAUGCAGAGCAAAGCGUUCAGGCGGAUAGUCGGAAUGUUGUUGACAGGCUCCUGAAAAUGCAACCUGUUUUUCCACUUCAUAUUCAAUUCGAUACUAACAAACGCCACAAUGAAAAAGCCGGUCAUUUCAUCGACGUCACAAUUAUAGUUAUCCAAAAGUUCCUGCCUUGUGUACUCUGUCGAAAACUCAUCAGGCAAGCAUGUGACGAGUAGUGCUAUCCAAAUUGCCACACAAACCGAUAUGUAGAGAAACCACCACAGAGUGUUCCAUCCGUGAAAUAGCUUGACUCUCUCGGGCGCAAACAUUACCACAUAACGAUAAACAAACUGAACUGCCAAUAGACAAAUGAUGAUCUCGUAGACCAGUGCGUAACCGAGAAGCAUGGCGGUCUUCAAAGACUUGGAACUUCCGAACACUGGAUCAACAGUGAAGAAUAUCCAACUGACGUUGUAGGAAUGCAAAAAUGGAUGAACGAUAACUUCCAUACAGGAAAAAGUGAUUCCGAACUCGGCGAGCACAAAUAUCAUAAACCUAUAGACGGGAGUGAUGCCUUUAAUGUGGCAAAAAGUGAGAUAGACGAGAAGAGAAUUCGUGAGGACUGUAAGACAAAGACCGAUCUUUCCGACAUCGCCAACCAGGUGGACAUAAUGGAGAGAAGACAUUAUUGUAAACUUUCAGCGAAGUUGGUAACAAAUGUAAUAAACACAUUUCUGUUGACAGUUGAGAAUAGCUAAUGCCUUAGCAUACCGGAAAUUAGCGCAUCGCUAUAGUCUAUAGGACGAACAUUGAACAAAAAUAGUGUUUUAGUAUCAAUAAACAAGCCUUUUAGAACCUGGGCAAGAAUGAUGGUGAAAAACAAAACAAUUUUUAGUUGAUAUAAUCUACGCGAAUGACGAAAUACAUCUGUUCACGCGAUAUCUUCGAAAGCACGGACCGGAAAUUGGGCAGAUAUCGGAACAAUUUCCGUACUAUCCAAUGUACCAGACGGAAAGAACACGGGUCGGAUGCGCGUUGAAGGUGUGCACGUACGGACCGCCCAACUACAAACUCUUCAACAUGCUCUGCUAUUUCGGUCCCGAGUGAGUGAGAUACGAACGGCGCCGUGACGGUGAUGAUUUCAGAAAAAACGAUUCGACAGACUUGUUCAAGAAAGAUGCUCCUUGGGAUGUAAAGAGAAAGAUACAUCCGGAACCAGUUCUUCCAUUCUCAGAUAUACACUUUCGAAAGGAUUUUGUCAAGUUUCAAAAUGCGCUUCGCAGAGGGUUCGCCAAAAGAGGACAGUAUGGGAAUAUGUACGAAAUGGUUUGGGACGAGGCGCUGGCCAAAGAAGCGGCGAAGUACGCGGAAGAGUGCAGCCACAACAGGCCGCAGAGUUUUCGAAGUGAUCUUUAUUCGGAACGCUUCUUUUAUCCCGAGUUGAUACCAUUGCUGCCCGAAGUUCAGGGGAUGGAUAUUGCGGAGAGUUUCUUGCGACGGAUAGGCGACACGCAGAGAAACCGAAUCCUAGCUCUGGACGAGUCGGUGCCGUUCUGGUGGAAUCACACAAAGAUCGGCUGUGCUCGGAGAGGUUGCAAUCAUAAAGCGAUUCUGUGCACUUUCGAGAAAGAAAAGUGAUGUGAAAAUACUAAAAAGUUGAACCAAUCAAUUUGAACUUCAGUAAGUACGAAAACGCUUCUGUUGCACUGUCAGAGCUGUUCAAAGUUGGUCCGUUGUGCUCUUUGUGCUCAAAAUGCAACAAUGGUUUGUGCGUUGGCAAUCCGCCGAAGGAAGAGAUCGGGAAGGAGGCGGGGAACUCGGUUUCAUAUGCUUUCGCGCACUGGUGCACAAUCAUUCUGGAACUAUUCUUGAUUUAUUCCCAUAUAUUAGCCUAAAAUGAAACUUGAUGAAAUUUAAAAAAUUAAAUUCUUUGAAUGAGUAUUGAAAGUAUCGAUUGUAUCUAGCUUACUAUUAUGCCGCGUCCAAAGUUUAAAACAAAUCCGGAAAUCUCGCGGAUUUUGCUGACUUUUUUAAAACUAUGGACGCGGCCGGCAUUAAUUGUAAGGCCUAGGAAUCAGUUAUUAUUGUCAACAUGUAAACAACGACACUAGUCUAGAAUAAAGAAUAGCUUGAAUUAAGAAAAGAAAACUCUGCAGGGAGCAAAUGUGAAAUGAAUGAUGUGAGAAGAACACCGGAAGAGAAUAAUUGGAAGAAAAUGAAACAAGUUGAAGUUCUACUGCUCGGCGACGACACCGAGUACCAAUUCGGCAUGCUUUUCGUCUGA